UCGCAUUGUACCCUGUCUUCCGCCCAAAUGCCCCCGUUUGUGUGCUAACGUGUGGUGCAUAUUUCUGCUGGUACAGUGAUGGACAGGAGAGCCAUGGACGAGAGUUUCAUCACGGAUACCAGUAGCAGCGUAGGAGAUCCAGAGGUCUCGGUCGGUGCUCCAUUGAUGGCAGCACAAGCCAGACGCAUGAUGCCCUUGCAGACGAAGAGCUUGAGAGAUUACGAGGAGCAUUUAAUCAAGCUUGAAAGAGAGAACCUUCAUCUUCGCCUGAGGCAUUUCUACAUGCAGCAGCAGAAGGAUCCUGAAGCCAGUGCUGGCACUGCUGAAUUUGAGGCUUUUAAAAGUGAAAUGCUCGGUGACGUUGAUAGACUUACCAAGGAGAUUGGAGAAAGAAAUGCCCUUCUUCAGAAGACUUGGCUGACUGUUGAACAGCAACAUGAUGCCAUCGAGCAGCUGAAACAGGAGAAGGCUGAUCUGGAAAAAGAACUUCACAAAUUUCAAUCAAAAACAAGUUUUGCUGAGGCCGUUCAUGACGACAAUGUGAAAAUGGCAAACAAUGUCUCCCAAGUUCAAAGGCAGAACAAACACCUUGAAAGUGAAGUCAAAGCUUUGAAGAUACGCCUGCAGGAGCUGGAGAAUGUGGAGGCGCCGUCCAUGAGACACCAGCUGGACAAGAAGAUCCUGGCGCUGAAGAACCUCUCAACGGUUGUCACCAGGCAGGAAGACGUCAUUGAGGCCCUGCGCUCGCAGCAGGCGCUCCUGUCGUCCGUCGAACCCAUGACCGAGGCCUUCCUGCAGCGCAUUGAGGAUGCGCUGGCCUCCAAGGACAUCCAGGGCGCACUCCUUGCCAAGGACAAGUUCAGGCGAGACCUCGGCAACGUUGUCAGCAAGCAUCACACUUCCCAGCAGGACAUAUCGGCUGAAUUUUCUCAUUCCGAGAGCUCGCUAAAGAAGCAGGUUUGGCACCUUGAAGCAGAGCUUGAGGCAAAGGAAACCACAAUUGAGGGUCUCAGAGGUGAAAUGCUGCUGCUUAGCUCGAACCUCGAAUCCUGCCAAGAGAGGUGUCGUGACCUUGAAAGCGAAAUUGAGAGGUCGUCGCAGAUGCACAUGAGGAUCUGCACCGAGAAGGACAAGCUCUUAGAGUCUGUGCAGUUUAGAGUGCAAGAACUCGAGAAUAGUGCUCAGGAAGCACUAACCCUGAAGAGCCACCUGACAGCUCUGGAGAGGGAAUGCACAUCAUUGCAAGCUGCUGUCCAGGCUAAGUCAAACUUCAUUCAGGAACUGCUGUCUGAGAGGAACGCGGCCGCAUUGGAGACAGAAAGGUCGUUCCAGGACCUUCUCCGCUCGCUGAAGCAGAAGGAUGACCUUGUCGACCAACUGCAGACGAAAUUGACCUGUGUCACGGAGAAAGCAGCAGUGCAGGUUUCUGAACGGAUUGGCACCCACGAAGCAUCUGGGAGCAACUUGAUAGACCUUUCACUACAGGGAACUGCAGGUGCCGGAGAGAAUGCCACGCAGGAAACGACUGCGGAGAAAUUUCUGAGCCCGCUCAAAAGUCCGACGAAUGCUGAAGAUGGGCUUUCUGACAAUCUGGCGACUGAACUCGACGAGCUGUGCUCUAUUAUCCGUGACCUGGGCCGACAAGCGGGCUUAUUUUUGGAGCUGAGCACCGUUAACGGCGAGCAGUCGGGCAUUGCGAAGGCCCUAAAGGAUGCCCUUAAAGACGCCCGUGACAGGGGCCUUCGUGUUGCAUUACUGCCAACACGGCACGAAGUAAACGACAAAGAAAACGGCACCCCAGCUGAUUGUGAACCGUCUUCCAAGACCCAAUCGGAGCCGAGGGACAUGCUCGUACUCUCAACCCUCGGUGAAAAGCUGAAACAAGUUUGCAAUCUCUUCGCCAUAGAAAAAACCCUUCCAGAGUCUGGUCGCGAUUGGAGUGCCAAGGACGUCAUGGACCAUGUCGAGCUUAUUCUGGAGAAGGCGAAGCAAUGGACUGCGGACUCUGGCAAUGCAUCUUUCGAUCUCCGCAAGAGCCACGAGGUUUCGCUCCAGGAGAGCAUGGAAAAGCUGCGGGGGGUGGUGCGCUGGCUCCAGGACGAGAGCUCACGCAAUCACUCCGACAUUGCGAGCUUCCAAGAGGCGGUGUUGUCGGACCUCAAUCCGGCGCUGGAAUGCAUCGCGGUGCUCCGUGACGAAGUGGACACUCUGUGCGCCUCAUGGAGAGCUCAGGACGGCAGCGGGAAGCGCUGCUCAAGCGUCGACGAACUCGUGUAUGCCGUCAACUUGUCGGGGAGACUGGUGCCUGUCGAGUCAUCCCUGGAGACAACGCGGCACGGGGAGAAGAGCUCGAAGGAUGUGUCGCAGCAGACCAGCGAUGCUGAUGUGGACAUUGAAACCCUCAAGAGUGACCUUAGCAAGUCCAGGGCACAGGUAAAGUUCCUGCAGAAAGCACUGAAAGACUCAUUUUCUGUGAAGAUCACGGAGUCCCCCACGAGCCCCGGUGGCCAUCCCCUGAUUGAGAUCGACCAGAACCGGCCCUUGCCCAAUUCUCCUUUGUGCCUCAGCCCCAGGAAGUCGGGCUCCUCCGCUAACCGCCAUUGGCGCAAGCAGCUCACCAACCAGAAGAUGUCCGAGUUUGGGCUCUCGGAAAACGUGUUUGAGCUUCAGGAGGAGAUCUUCUUCUUGGUCCUGAGGAUUGAGGACCUUGAGAAGCAGCUCAAGGAACGCCCUGAGGUCGUUGGCAGCAACCAGGAGCCGACCCAGGACGGUUCCCUGGGCCCCGAGCAGCUCGGGGACAAGCGGCACGUGGCGCUUGAGGCCCAGCUGCGCGACAUGCAGGAGAUGUCGGCGGUGCUGCUCUGCCGCCUGGAGGAGCUGGCAGCAUUCCUGGAACAGUUGCUGACCUACGACGGGUCGGGGCCCCUCGGCUCGGUUACGCUAUCCGCCGACGUGGUGGCCAAGAUGCGCCAGCUCAUCGCAGACAGCAAGGACUUUUCCCUGUCCGUGUCGCAGAGCAUCCUAGGGUCCGACACCGGAAGUGUCUUGAGUGAGCAUCACACGAGGAGCUCCCUGCAGAGAGGAAUGCACUCGGUUCUGUCUUCUGGAGAUUCCAAAGGCCCCAAAGGAGAAAAAGAUGGCAGCAGCUCGUCUGGUUCUCGGAAGCUGGACCCCAAGACCAUUCCGCCUUGUCCCGAGGACAUUGCCUUCAUGGAGGAUGAGGUCAACAUGCUGAGGGAGCAGGUGCAGCUACAGCAGCGCGAGAUAUCGGCCCUUACCCACCGCCUGGAAGAACGUCAGUCCCGGGAAGGCCCCGCCACCCCGGUCGCCACCGUCACCACAGGACGUUCCAAGCGGCCUGCCCCGUCGGCCCGGACGGAGUCUCACAAGCUCGAGAAGCUCCUCCGCAGAGUCCACCACUGCAACGGCAAGCUCGAGGAUUCUCUCGUGCUCCACAGAGAGCUCUGUCACAAGAUGCUCGCUGGACCCACCGGAGAAAAGGAGUCCCCUGACCAGCCACAGCCUUCGGCAGAGCUGCUGGACACGCACAUCCAAACAAUGAGGAAGCUUCAGUUCAAGCUAGAGGAGAUGGUCAUCAACAAUGAGCUGCUCCUGGAAAUCCUCACUGAACAUCUGGCUUCCGGGAGCAUGAUCACCACAGAUUCAAAGAUGUCGGCUCCAUCAAGCGGCAACACGCAGGCAAGCGCUGCCGAAAGACUGGAGCAGUACAAGAAGGAGCUCGAGUGCAAAGAGCGGAGACAGGAGAUUCUGAAGCGGGCCAUUCUUCGCGAACAAAACUCUAAGCUCCAGCUUGAGAAAGAACUGUCAGAGUGUCAGAAGGAACUGCAAUCGCUCCACGAGGCACACACCUCGCUCAAGGAGGACUACAAGGAAGUCCUCAGGAAGACCUCGGACACCGGACAACGGGAAGCUCGCCAGCGGAACCUCAGACCCCAGAAGGACGCAAAGACCUCCAGGGCCGGCAAACUGGAAGCUCUGGGCUCAAGUUUUGAGAAGAGCGACAACAGCGAAUUCGUCAGCGGCUCACGGAAGCCCGACGGUGGGCGACACUCUCAAGGGGUUGCCAGACUAAGCCAGGAGUUGGCGUCACUCCGGGAAGAAGUGGCCAACCUGCAAGAGGAGAAAGCCGUGCUGACCCAGAAGCUGGAAACGACGCAGAAGGAGCACGAGAUCCUCCUCGAGUCAUCCAGCAACAAGAUCUCCGAGCUCGUGACGAAGCUUGGCCCGCUGUCGACGCAGAACAAGAUCCAGCAGGAAGAGAUCAGGAGUGCGCGAGAGCUGAACGACAACCUUGCCGAGGAAAACGGGAAGCUUCAGUGCGACCUUGAUGCCGCAUUCUCCAAGUUGGAUGCGCUAGACCGGGAGCUGGAGUCCCUGCAGCGGGAGAACAGGGACUUGAGGGAAUGCGUGCUCACUUCGAGGUCCCAAGAGAACAUGCUGAAGGAAAAGCUGGAGAAGAUCGGGGAGGAGUUCCAGGCACUGAAGAAGACGUCGGAGGAACGCGCUCGGAAAGGCGACGUCCUGGAGAGAGAAAAAGACGAACUCGCCACUGAGCUGUCCAAGUUGACGGCGCACCUGGAGUCCUACGAGUCCGAGAAACAGCUCUUGUACGAAGAGAAACAGAGGCUCAUUCUCGAAGUGAGUGCAGAGAAGGAUCAAGUGGAGCGCAUCUCUAACGAGCUGCAGCGCUGCGAGCAGGAGCGCGACACUCUCCGGACGCAUGGGAGCGAGCUGGAAGAGCAGUUGCAUGCUUCAACGGAGAAGUUGCAGGAAGCGGAGCAGAUGGCUUCGGAGUUGAAGGAGGAGCUGGGGGCCACAAAGGGAAAACUGGAGAGCAUGGAUGUCCGGUGUGGCCAGCUGGAAGAGGAGCUGAGCAGCUCCAAGGAGGCGCAGAGGCAGCUGCUCUGGAAGAGCGACGAGUUGCAGAGGGCCCUCGAUGCAGUUGGGAGGGAAGUCCAGCAGAACAAGAGCUUUGCCAGGGCCAGCCUUGACAGGAAACACGUCAUGGCGUUCAGGGAGCUUGAGGAUCAGAACAGGAGCUUACAAGGCGCCGUUAUGGAGCUCAAGUCGAAGCUGGACAAGGCUUUCCACGACAACAAGUGUCUGAGGCUUGAGCUGAGAGUCAACGAACAAUUUCAGCCUAGGAGCAGCCCUGGCACUCCGAGCGACCAUCGCUGCGGAGCGUCUCGCUCUGUGGAGAACCACGGUCAAGCCGGCCUCGGCAGCAGCAGCUGCGGCGCGUCCCCGCCGCGCCUGAGCCCCCGCCAGCCGAGUCUCGACUGCGGCCGGCAGCUUCAGGCAGGCCUCUAUCACGCGAGGUCUCACCACACCUCCCCAGACCUGGGCAUCGACUCCGACCCGACGCCGGAGCACGACGUGGCCGCAAACGACUCCGCCGGAGCGCUGGCGGAGCACUGGCAGCACCGCAUGGGUCCCAGCUGGACGCUGUCGUCAGUCAACUCCGCUCCGGACGCCAUGGGCGGCAGCUGCCAGCUGUGCCAGCAAGGAAAGGACAGCGCCGCCUCCUGGAAGCAGAAGGCGUCUGCCACCUAUGCUGGGGAGCAGCUGGAGCAGACUUCUUUCGGCGGUAACUCCCCGUCCAAGAACGUGUUCCCGGGGCCGCAGUCUUCCCGCUCCUCGCCGAGCAUGCCGCUCUGCGCCAUCGUGCAGCUGGUUGACCACGAGCUGCUCAAGAAACGCGUGGACGAGAGCAUCUGCCUCAUCCGCAGGGUCGAGGUCAUCAUCCACCAGGCGCUCGACGCACUCGCCGACUUCGCAUCCGACUGCACCGAGCCGCCAGAGUGCAAGGGGCUGCUCCAGGACGCUGACCGUGGCUGCCACAGCAUCAAGGUGUGCCUGGUGGACAGCUUCAAGCUCAUCUGCAGCUUCACCAUCUCCCACGUGCCAGACUGCAGGGAGGACCACUGCUCCCACGAGAAGCAGCUCAAGUUGGAGCUGAACAAGCUUCAGGAGAAACAUUCCCAGCAGAGUAUUGAACUUCAGAAUGCUCUCGAACAAAUUUCUUCUUUCAAGGAGAAAAGGGAAGGCAUGGAGAGAGCCAUUAGCCGUCAACUGAGCAAGACCAAGAUGGUACUCAAGCAGACGAAGGGGAACCUCAAUGUCCUGCGUACAAGAGAUACCAAGCACGAAAAGAAGUGAUUGUGACAUGUACAUUUGUAGCAUGUAAAUAAUCACCUUCUUGCAAAGGGCAGAGGUUUUAGGAUUGGUUAGCCACACAUGUCAUACGUUAUCUUUUGUGGAAUGAAGCAGUGGCAUAGCUAGGCCAUCCGGCACCCCCACCCCUCCCUUCAGUCUCCGAGAUCGCAACCAACCAGUAAAACGGGGGGGGGGGGGGGGUGCCAGAUGCUGCCAGAAGUGGCACCCCCCCUUAUUUGACUGCGACGCCUGGCAGCCAGGGCCCCCCGGCUGCUACGCCACUGGAAUGAAGUUUAGACAUGCUCAUUAUCGCCGUUUUAUGUUUUAACUUGGCAUGGCUAGUGGAGGUUGAAGUGCUUUUAGCAUAUUAUGUAUGAAGAGUAUUGUUUUGUUAUGAAGGUUUAGCAGUUUGUCAUUGGCUGGUGCAUUUCUCAACAAUUCAUUCUGCAGUUACUGUGCACAAGUGAAUGCAAAUUUGUACAUUUGCAUUUUUAGUUUACUUGACGGCUUGUUUGAAAGAGCUCCCCAAUUUUUGUUUGGCCACUCAGUUAAUAAUGCCUUUAAUCAAUAGGAAUCUGAGACUGUAGAAAUGCUUGCCACAAAGCCUGUGGGAUUUUCCUUGUUGCCAGGGUGCCCACAAGCUUACCUAUAUAUGUUUGCAACAGUGGCUUGGAAACUAAUGUGAACUUGUAAUGUGUACAGGCUGUAGUGCACAUUCUCCUGUAGCAGCACCACACCAUAACAUUCCUUGGACAGAUUUUUGAACCCCUUAAAGUAUGCAUGAAGCUUUACUAAGAAAUGAGAGAACCUUUUCUAUUUGGUUAUAACUCAAAUACAGUAAAACCUCGUUAUAACAAAGUUGAAGGAGCGGUCGUAAUUAUUUCGUUAUAACCAUUAGUUUGUUAUAGCCAAUGUCCAUUUCUUCCCACUAUUAGCAAGCAAGGGGAAUUAUGAUUGCUUUGUUAUAUCCAUUAGUUUGUUAUAUCCCGUUUUGUUAUAACGAGGUUUUACUGUAUUGCCAAAUUAUUCUGUAUAAUUUCUUAACCAUAAUUUCAGUCAUCA